UGGAGCUUCAAAGAAAAAAAUAAUUAGGAAGUGGUUUUACUUCUAUUUUUGCAUGACUUCUGUGGAAAAUAUUUGUUUGCAAAGUUAUGGUCUUUACAAGUACUCAGAGACUAUUUACGUAUAGGGAUGUUAAGGUUAAUACCAAAGAUGCUAUGAAGAGCUUCAAUGGUUAUCUUUUGUUCUGCCUGGUAACAAACACUCCAUAUUUAGACUAUCUCUGGUCCUUAUGUAAGUAUAAUCCCUAUGAAAAUCAGUUUUAGCUGCAGUUAAGAGCCCAAAGGCAGCCCUGAGGGUAGUUAAUAGGCUAACAGUUUAACUGUGGUAAUGACUGGUUUCAGGGGGAUUAUUCUGCUGUUUUAUAUCAUCAUUCAUGGAUUAUACAAGGAGUGCUUAUUGUGUGAGAGUGAACACCACAAAGCAAUGAUAUCUUCGAAAUGCAGACAUUACUUAUCAGUAGAUGCAGGAGAGGCAGUUUCGUGGAAACCUAUACAACAAAUGUCUUUAACUGACACGGACUUGACAGACCCUUCAGAAAUACAGCCUCCAUCUCCCCAUAUCCCCCGGGGUAGUGGUAGUGGCCUGCUUUCAGGAUGGAGGUUCUAAUUCUAUUUUCUGUUUGGUUGUAGCUGUUGCCAAACUGAAGGAUUAGCUUAUAGUAGGUAAAGAUAAUUAGGAGGAACUGAGUUGCUGCCGAUCUUUGACUUUUGCGACUUGCUCCAAAUGCUGUUUGAGAAAAAUAGACCAGAUUCUGUGCCCAGAAAAGUGGCAGGGCUACUCUUCGGGCUUGCUUCAGCCUGGUGGCUUUGAAUUGUUCAGCUGAGUCUCUGAAUACCUGGAUGAUUUGGGACCUCGGUUACACCUCCACUUGUCAUCUGCCGUGCUGAAUUUCAGAGAACUUGGCUGUAACAGGAUGCCAGACUAUGAAUUAAGAACUUAAAUUCCCUCCUGUGCCUAGGGAAAGGUGAUUGCCUUGUGUCAUUUUUCUGUGAGCAUGCCUCUCACUACUGACUGCUUUAGAGAGAUGUUCAGGAGCUCCUGCAUUUGCCAUUUAUUUCCAGUUCUGUGUUGUUCCCUCAGUUAUGCUAGGACAGCUCUUUGUGCCGCUGCACAAAAACAAACCAGGCAGCGAGGGAGGUAUAUUUAGCCAGCAAUAGAUCUGAGCGGCUUAUGCACGCAGAGUAAUGAGCAAACACAGCACAGAGGGGGAUUUAGUAUGUAGGAGCUGAUUAAACUGGCAUGACUCAGCCAUGGGAAAUGUCUAUAUGAAGAAAGAGAAUCCACAAAAGCCAGUAGGCAUUUUGUCCUCUUUUCUCUCGAACGUUUUUUACCUAGUGAGUUUUUCAAGGAUGUUUUUCUUUUUAUCCAAUCUGCUAUACAAGCAUAGUUUGCCGUCUUUGUGAUUAUUUUUUUAGGCUUUUGCUUCUACUGUUUAGACAGUGGGGCCCACUGCCAUGCAUGAUUCAUGCAUACUAAGCUUUGCACAUGCCUAAGGAGCCUGUUUCUCUCUCAAUUUAUACUUCUAUUAUAUAACAAGAACAGAAGCUCAAGUAUUUUACUGGAAAGAUCCCAUGCAACAAAAUCCAUGUUAGCUUCAUACUGUUGUUCAGAGCACUCAAUUUCUGAAAAGGCUGAAUAUCAAAACAUGUUUAAACAAAUCUAGAAAUAUUUCACUAUAGAAACAAAAAAGGCAGUUGCAUCUAGUUGUAAACUGAAUAAGUAUCAACCUUUUCUGCUGCCUUCAAUUUGCUCAAAUGGUUAUUCCCAAGAUGUACCCAAGAGACCAGACAAAUCAAGCAGAGUAUGUUGACUCAUCUGAGUUCUCUGUAACAGAGAUAUAAUAUUGCUUUCCUUCAAGGUUAUUGUAUUUUGAUCAUGUAGUGCAGAAUCUUCGGUGUGGAUCACUUUAUUUCUAAAAAACAGUCUUCACAGAAACCGUGAUUCAGAAAGCUGGUGACCUGACUUCAGACUCACCGUCUGAGUUUCCUGGGAAGGAUAGGUGUUACCACUGAAAACAAGGAUUGAAAACUGAAUUUAUCUCUGUAUAAUUUAGAGAAGAUGCUUAGGAAAUAGAUCCAUUUACAGCUGUAUUAGUGUCUUUGCUUUUUGACUUAGAAAAUCAUCACUUGAAAACUCAGUAGAUAUGCUGGCUGCGUCUCCACAAACUGCUCAGCACUGAAGUAGUUAACAUAGACUGGGCAACAGUAUUUGCUUACUGUGUUGUUGAAAUCUGUUGCAGCAAGGUCAGAAAAUGUAAGAGGCUAGCAGGUCUGCCCUCACCACUGUAGGCUACCACUGUUGAAUGGCAUUAGAGGGAGGAAUUUUUUAUGUGGAGAGUAGGAGUGAAAUGUCUGUAUUAGAAAGGAAGCAACACCUUGUAAAACUAUAAAAGUAGCUUAAAAUAAUACAGAAUAGCAUUUUUAUUGAGGAAGUGAGAUACUUUACUGUCCCACUAAUGGUGCUAUAACCUUCUUUCUGCUCUAAGGUUAGCUUAAGUGUUUGACAUACAAAUGCUAAGGAGCAAAUCAAGUUGGUUACUGAUUCACACUUACUUAAACAGACAAAGUGGGAGGUAAGGGUUGCUUGCCCUUUCUAAGUGAAGGUCUCUCUUUCUUGCUGCCUGCACUGACAUUGCUCUGCUUCUAAUUGCAACACUGCAACCCUUUGCAUGUGAGAGGGAUUCACAAAAAUAUAAAGAAAUGCCUUUUCUCUAGAAAGUCUUUCUUCCUGCAUCAACAGCAGCUAUAAAAAUGAACAGUUAACUCACCUGAAAAACUGAGAUUGCACAGGUCUUUGCAACGUUUUUGUGAUAGCGGUACUUGCUGGAUUGCACCCACCCCAUCUUUGCCCUUUGUAGUUUGUGUUGCUAUAUCCAUUUAUCCCUUUUCCAUCCUGUCUCUUCAGAGUUAUGACUUGUAGUGCCAAUACCUCCACAUUUCUGCAGUGAACAUGCUAGAGUUCAUCUAGAUUAAUGCUCCUCCCUCAAUCACACAUGUAUGCAUCUCAACAAUUAGGCAUGGAUAAACCUUUAUUUUGGUGUGCAAACUCACAAGACAACAUUUUCCGGAGCAUAUAAAACCACCAGUUGUAGGCAGCUUGCUGAACCUGCUUCUCACAAUUUGUUUAUGCUUUGAGGCUGGCAGUGCAGUAGUUCAAGGGUGGAAAGUCCACUCACAGUGGUUUUUCACAUAGUACUCUUACACAUGUAAUUCGUGUUUUCCACUAAUGACACUAGUUACCUUUCUCUAGGAGAAGGUCCCACUAGCGCAAAUCACUGGCUCCUUAACCUCUGUAGAUUAUGGAGUGAUAAUUUGUACUUACUCUUUUUAAAACUAACCAACAUGCAAUGCCAUGUGUUGUGUAGCUUCUUUUGCAUGUUCUUUGACUAAGUCCCUCCCUAUAUAACUGGCAUGUAAGAAAAUAAAACCUUCCUACAACAGGCUGAUAUGUGAACAACUGUGUAAAAAUAGGUAACAUAGGAGGAAGAAGAAGAAAACAGGGCUAAGUGGUGGACUCUCGGUGUUCACUAGGAUGACUUCAAACAGGUUGGAGAACUGAGGGGGUGCAGAGCACCUGCUUCCAGCAGCAAGCACUGCAGAGAAAGUCUGCACUGGUAAUAGAUAAUUAGGUGGAGGAACAGAAAACAAAGUGGUGCAUGUUGGGCCAGGUCUGAAGCAGAUGAGAUCUGAAAACUGCACUCAUUGUGAAAAACCUCACUCUAACCAAUUUUCCUUGGUUUCCCAAAACGCUUUUGCUUAGGAGUCACACCGGGUAAAAGGGAUCUACUUUGUAAAUUGACUCUUUUAAGUGACUCCCCAGAACAUACACUUACUGGCAAAGAAAAGCUCUGGUCUUAAAAAAAUCAAUGUGAUCCAGUAAUCUCUUAAGACUUUGAGAGCUGCCUGACUGCAGCAUUACCACUCUGGACAAAUAAUUGGAGAAAUACGAGGAGACGUAGGAUAAACUGUCUUACAGAGAGGGGAGAGUUUACAGGGAAAGAAGUAAUUUUAAUGUAUAUCCUAGCACACCAAAUGUAUAGUGUUUUCCAUCCUAUUUUAAAAGUUCAAGUGGCAUGUAGCAUUGAAAGAAAAAAUGAAGCUUGUGUUCUCCAGCUCUAUUGUGCACUUGCUCAACAGUCCUGAAGUCGUGUCUUAGACCAGAGGCAAAGAGACAGCUGUGAGAUGACACAACACCCAGCUUAGAAAAUUCUGAUUCCAGACAGAAUCUAAGGACCAUUCUGUGGGAUUGAGGAAGUGCUCCAGCAUGAUCCCAUUGCAAAUAGCAGCUGCAGAGUUCUUGAAUGAAUGAAAGGAACAAGGCGACACUACAUCUGUAUAAACUAUUAGCUAGACAGCUAUUAUAAUAUAGUACUGCUUUUAAAAGGAUGUUGGAAAGCCUGAAAGAUUCAGCAGUGGGAGGGAUGAUUCAUGGUAUGGCAAAACCUGACUUGUAAAGAGCAGUAACCGUUCAUUCCAUUAACUUUAAUAAAUGUAAGGUUAAAGGUGACUUAGACUUUGGCUAUAAUUACCAAUGCAAGGACACUUUAUCUAGUAUUUCAGCACUUCAUAGUUUAUUGUCAUCAUACAAAACCACUGCAUUACAAGACUGAUCUCUUUGCUCAAGAGAUGCAAAGAAUCCUGACCAGGCUUAGUGUUGUGGGAAAGGCUGAGCUUGAGUGUAUUUAUCAUAAAAUUUGUUGACACCCUGGGUAACAGGGACAACUUAAUAAUGCUGAGUUUGGAAGCUUCACAGCUGUUUUUUUAAGGAAUCCAGCACUAAUAUUCCUCAAGGUCUUUGCACUAAAAAUAUGAGAAAGACAUCUGCAAUUGCAUUCAGCAUCAGUUCUGAAGAUGCCAAAUUUGGUGAACAGCCCUUUCCAGGAGAGAGCAGUUGUCACACAGUGUGAUAUUAAUGCACAGUAGACUAAAGGCACUUUUGAUGACAUUGAAGAAACAGUCUGAAAGGUAAUUUUCUAGUUCUAGAGCUAUUUUUAAUCUUAGAAAUCUCAGGAUAAGCUUGCUUCCCCAUAGCUGCUGGUAGCAGGAAAUAGCAUUAUGUGUUCCAAUGCCUGAGCAGUAAUCAAUGUCCUGUGUGUAGUACCCUCCCAUGCUAGUCCAAACAGAGUAGUUGGACGUUUUUCCUCCUUAGGGAAUUAUACAAAGACGUUCUACCAGAAACCUCCAACAGCAAUUACUUUAGUCUGAAACUGUUAGAAAACAGAAAAUUUCAAAAUUCAAUAAUCUUUCUGUUUAAUAUAUGAGACAUGAGUUCAGCAGAACAAUUAAUUGUGAUAUGAAGAAGUAUCUUAGUUACCUGUGAAUACAGGAUAAGAUUCCCCCCUCUGUCAAAUUCAGGAUUACAGGAGAUGCUUUCUUAUUCCUGCAGGUAUGUACUGUUUUCAGAGUAUUUGGGCAUUAUUCUCUACAAACCUUAAAACCCAUAACAAAAAUGUCCAGAAUUAAGGGGAAAUUAUAGAGUAAUUAUGCUGCCUUCAACCAGCUGGAAAACUUUGGCUGUCUUGAAAUAAUGUUUAUCCCACAGCCAACAGCACUCCCAGGCUUUUCAGUGCUCACCAUCCUGUUGUCACUUACCCUCCUGCUCACCUAGUGGUUGCCCCAGAAAAAUACCAGAAAACCUACUCUGAUUUUUUUUUUAAACCAUAAACUGCAAAAUGAGCUGCAGCAGAGGUCCAGGCAUGACUAUAAAUGUCACGCUUCAGAGCAUGGAAAAGCAUUCCUAGCAAUGGCUGUGUGGAAUUUUCCUGCAGAAAAUGGACCAGGAAUUGGAGGGCAAGGAUCUCCUCACUGUUGUUGACUAAACACACUGUCCAUAUGUUGGAUGCAUCAGCUAGCUGGGGCUAAGGAAAAACUGCAAUUGCUCCAGCUUGCUUUUUGUGCUAUCCAGAAUGAGCACAGUGUCAUGGGUGCUAAAUUAAAGAAGAAGAAACACAAAGAGAGGGGCAGUAAUGCAGAGGUGAAUCCAUUCCGGAAGCGAUAGUGAUAAUUCAAGAAAUCUUUAGUGAUGGCUUCAGGCUUCACUUCCCAGACCUUUGUUCUUCCAAGCAAAGUUUAUUCUUUCACAUGAUGGACUCUGUUAACCAUACACACACAAAGUUCUUGUAUAACUAGCCUGAACCUUCGACUUUAAAUGCUCUGCCAAGUCCUUUACAAGCCCCCUUUCUCUUGAGAGAGAAGAUACAUUAUACUCAGUAAUGGAGCAAAACAACAGCAAUGUAGAAGAUUUCUCUUUGAAUGUCUUUUCUGUCACUCCUUGUCAGCCAAACAGAUCUGAUGCGCUGGUGUCAGAUGGGGAUAAAGCAGGCACCACUCUACUCUUUUCAGGUGUGUUUUUGGGGCUGGUGGGGAUCACUUUCACUGUGAUGGGAUGGAUAAAAUACGAUGGCAUUACUCACCUGGAGUGGACUCAGUUACUAGGGCCAAUUCUGCUGUCUGUUGGGGUGACUUUUAUUCUGAUUGCUGUUUGUAAAUUUAACAUGCUUACGUGCAAGCCCUGUAAAGAAAGAGAGGAAAAUACAUCGGAACUUGACCAGACUGCAAGCAGACAGUCCUUUGUCUUCACCGGCAUUAACCAGCCUAUAACUUUCCAUGGUGCCACAGUGGUACAGUACAUCCCUCCGCCGUACCCAUCCCAGGAAGGCGCUGCUGUGAGUCCCGGCUACCUUCACCCAGUACUCAGCUGCUGCGGGGCUGUUCCCCCCAGCACCUCGCCAAUUCUCACCACAAGGUCUCCUCACUUCUGCCCUGCCUAUGCCCUGGAUAACCUGGCUUUUACUGGUGAUGAGAACUACACUACUUAUCCUGCAGAGAAUUCCAGGGAUCAGAGGUCAGAAGACCGUUCUGAUGAACCAGAAGGUAUGCUGGAAGACUAUGCCCAUAAUAACUUGUCACCUCCACGUUAUGAGGAAAUAUACCCUCUGUCUUCAUAAAAUCAUCAUGGGCAAGAGACAACAAUCCUAAGAGAUGCCGGCAAGAAUCCCAAAAAAUCUCUUCUUUAAACACUUACGUAAUAAGACAGUGUGAACAAGAUCUUGGUAUUUAUAUACAGUUCAGUAUCACUGAAGAUAUUUAAUUGAUCCCUUCCUUUUUCACUGUCAAAAUUUGUUAACCCUUUGCAAUGCAGCUUAAUAACAGAGCUAUUAAUUAUUUAACAGCAAAACUAUUAAUAGCAAAGCUAUUAAACUCAAGGAUCUAAUUCCAUAUUAGGAUUCCCCAACAAGAGGUUUGAUUUUCAGCCUUGCUGAAACCAGUGUGAACUGUGAAUGCACAAGAUGUUUGUGGAAGAUUAUGAUUGCUCCUGGACAUUCAGGAUCUUUAGAAAAUACUGUAUUUUUUUCUUGAUGUAUUUUCAUUCUUGAUUGCUUGGCAAACUUCAAAAGUGCUCAAGUGUCUGAUCCAUGAAAGUGUAUUUUAUGUCUUAAUUUUGUCUGAUUCUUUAGAAGAGCUUACUCAUUAAUAAGUCCAGUCUACAGAUUAGAUUUCCUUAGCUUGCUUUUCCUGGAUAGCCCAGUCCUGUUGCACAAACCAGUCCUCUAGGCAUUUUUUGGACCAUCCUGCUUGAAGCACAGCAUCUCAGAACAGAGAAGACAAAUAGUGACUUCUGCCCGCUUUUACAUAGAUCUCUAAGACAUUCUGCAUGCGUCAAAUUCGGUUCCCUUCCGCACCUGGUUGGAGGCAAAGCACUGUCUCCCACCAAGAGUCCUAAUAACUAUGAGGUUAAUGUCACUAAAGAAAAAGGCAUUUUUCUGAAGCCUCGACAGAGAUGUGUGAUCCUACCACUGUAAAGGAGUUCAACAGUCACAGCUGCUACACCCCUGCUCUGUAGCAGGGCUGUGGUGAAACACCUCUGCGGUUCUUUCCUAUUUGAAUGUGGGUCUUAGGCACACAGCCCAGGCUGCAGGUUGCACCUAGAGUAUGUAGACACUUGUGGGCUGUAGUAAACUUUCUUGCUCAAAUUCAGGUUGGUUCCGUGCAUUGAAUCCACAACAAUUUGAGAUUAGCUCAUUUGCUUAGAGAAUGGUGUUGUUGAACACCAGAAGACUGUGGGUUUGAUCCCUGUAUGUGCCAUUAAAAUUUGGACUUGAUGAUCCUUGUGAGUCCCUUCCAAUUAACAGUAUUCUGUGAUUCUGUGAGAUGUAUUUACAGCUAUAUUUAGCAAAAGAUGAAGUUUAUUAGCUCCAAAAUUUUGCAGUCCAGAAGGAAGAUCCAAAAAGUCUUUGCUCAGGAGCUUUUUCAACCCCAGAGCUAUGGCAAUGCUGUGAAUCCCUACAUCUUUAUUUUGUUUUUCCACAUAUGUUUCAGGUUCUGCUUUUGAAUGUGCCUAGAACUGUGCCAGGGCUGGACAAGCCAGUAUUUUUCUAUGAAGAUUCCAUUCGGUUCAAAUCAAAAGCUGAUCUCAGCUCUCAUCUACUGGAGUGGGCACCACACAAAAUGCCCUGGAGGGCAAUGGUCACUGUAGUAGCCAAGCAGUGCACUGCUGGUGUGCCUGUGGGUCAAUCUCCUGGCCUGGCACAGCACAGCUAAAAGCAGGUGUCCAAUAUGGAAUGCAUCAACUUUCUCUUACUUGUUGAUGCAACUGUCUUGGUUCUUGCCAGAUUUCGUCCACCUGUGAUUGGUCUCAGUCCUGGGACCUGGAGAAGCUUGGCAUCUGAGCACAGUCAGUUGCACGCCAACCUGAUGUACCUGACAGCUGGAAGUCUUGGAGUUUCUAUGCAGCUCCUCUAGCAAUCAGGAGACAUAGUUCUGGGUGGAAAUGGGCAGGCGUUCAGAACAUUGUCCAGCUGCAUGGACCUGCAGGUGCACACAUCCCUGUCUUGUACACUUAGAGGUUGCCAAGAAAUAAAGCAUUUGGAGGGGCACAAAACAACCACUGUGCUCCACAGUGAUGAUAAGACGCUAUCAGAGGUCAUAUUUGGGACCCAACAUUUAAACAAAUUCAGAGCUGGAUUAGCAACUGCAGCAGCAGCUACUGAACAGUGACUGCAAACUUUGUGUGAGGCUCUUCCCAUUAGAGAAAUAUGGGACACAGUUUUUUAGCAGUGAUGGCCUAGUGUUAGCAGGUAGUUGGAGAAGGGGAGGCAUGCUGUGUUCAGCGUGAUCUCUGUGGGAUUGAAUGAGAGGACAGAUGAUCUAAAAAUAAAUGCAAGCUUCUCUUAUGGAAGUGUCUUGCUCCUUUUCUGGAAUUUAUUCAGAGGUGAACUCAUCUGGCCUCCACAGCAGGAAACUGGAUGGUCCCAAAUCCCCAGUUAGUUCCACGUGUGCAGAGCCCUGAACUUAACACAUAGUUCUACUGACUCCAACAAGCACUACAGUAGCACAGUGGUCAGGCUUGAUGGAACCAGUUGUAGGACCAGAGUCAAAAUUUCUAACCAGUCACCCUCCCCCAACUAGAGAAUUCUUUCAGUCAGACAUCACAGAUUUUUCCUGCUGCUCUUCCCUCCUCCAACCCUGCUAUCCCCACUCCUCAGCACAAGUUUCAUGAGGUAAUAUGUUUAUUUUUAUUACAUCAAAUAAUGCUGAUAGAGUAAAUGGAAGAAAACUCAGAAGGUUGCACUGUGGACUCCAUAUUGAUUUUAAAAUUACUUCUGGAGACACUAUGUUUAUUAAAAGGAAUUUGAAGAGUCCUGGGUUUCUCUUUGAAGAGAAGAUUGAGUAUUAAGUAGCUAUAUUGAAAUUAUUUUGACCCAUCAGAUGAAUUCUGCCUGAAUUUUGUGGGAGUCUUUUCGUGCUCAACAGAUAUUUGAGGAACUCCGUGGUGGUGACAUUUCCUUGCUAUACUGAGUGCUGAUCAUUGAUUUUAAGAACAGAAAUAAGUUCUAUAAAGGUGGGGUUUUUUGGUUUUUUUCCCUUCCUUUCACCUUCUACUUUCAUCCUUUUUUUUUCCUUUUAAAAUACUUUCAACGGGAUUUUUAAUGUCAGGCUUUGGGGAGGUUGCUGGUGGUAUGUGUUUUCUUUGUUUGGAUUUUGGAGGUUAUUUGUUUGUUUUUACUGUGCUAUAACCAUCACAUUAAUUCACUUCUUAUCAUUAAGAAUUCUUUCUGCCCUAUGAAGAGUGGAAGAACGAACCAUUUUGGCCAAGUCUUCAACCAAGGUGAACUGUCAGCCUUUCUAGAUUAUACUGAUGUAACUUCACAAAGCACCUGGAAGAUUGUAUUUGACAUUUUGCUCAAUCCAUUUUUAAUUUAAGAUGGUGCUCUUCAAGCAAAAUGCUUUCUCCCACAUUGCCUUCAAUGCUCAUGCAGACCUGCAAAAUACUGGGGAUUUAAUAGUUUAAGGUGUCUUGCAUUUUAGUCAUAGUGAUAGAAUGUUGUAUGUAUUUUCAGCUAUGUAACCCUGGAUGAGUUCUUGGGAUUUUUCCUAAUGUAACAUUAUUUAUAAGAUUUUGAUCAUAAAGUGGCUAACAAAU